AUGGAGCUGGCUGUGGAUGAGGAGUUCGCACAUGUGGAACGUAAGCCAGCCUGGAUUAACAGCAACAUGCUUUGCUCGACUUUGCAGGAUGGAGCUUUUGGCUGGACAUUGCUGAAGCUGGAUGGGAGAAGCUUGGCGAAGCAGAUAAAGCCUGAAGAUGUAUUUCUAACAUGCGCCCUCUUUUUUUCUGCAGCCCGGGGCAGUCUCCAGCCAUGGUCGCAGGGUGUCAUCGCAGUGGUUGUGUUUCUAGUCCUGGUGGCCAUCGCUUUCGUGGUCAAUAGGUUCUGGUGUAAGGAGAAAGUGGAAAAUGUCGAGACAGCGGUGAGCGUCGAGGACAAGCAGGAGGCUGUCAUGUCCAACGGCCAUGAAGGGAGAUACCUAACUGCUGCAGCUGACUUCAGGUCCAAAGAGAGCCAGCACGCCUAUGAGAACACCCUGGAGCCCGAGGAGAGGGUGAUCACCACCGCCAUGUAGCAGGCGCUCCGGCCGGUCGACCUCCUUCUUCUUCUCACUUUGCUUCCCGCUGUUGCGAUGGGCAUUUUUGCAGGGACCCUCUGCGCUGGCAUCCCUGGUGUGCAGUGGCUCCCCGACCUCUCCACGGCACCACCACCUCCUGAUCUUUUCCCUUCCCACCUGCGGGACGUGCUCUUCGGCCUCGGGGGCUGGUGUCCACGCCGGCAUCGGUCCCCAGGAGAGGUGUGGAGGUGCGACCUCUCCUGCCUGGCGGUCACCCCACCUGGUUGGCAAGGCUGACGUCCCCAGUCCCAGGGGGGUGCUGACCUGCUCCAGAUGUGGAGGGGUCCCUGCUGGGUGCCCAGGACCUCCCCACACCCCCAGCCACUCUCGGGGGAGCUGCUGAUGGAAAACCUGCUCUCUUCUCCCUGUUUCACCCUCCUUUUUACGUUCUACACCAUGCAUUUUAAUGUUAGAACAAACCUCCUCCCCUGUAUAUAUCUUCCCUGUGAGCAGUAAAGAGAAUUGUUGCCCCUAUGACAGCAAAGAGGGUCGUUUUGCUAAUCACCCAAAGGACUUUCUGGCAUCUCGCAGCACUCCCGGCCUUCGGGCAGUUUGGGAAGGGAAGGACACGGGGAAAGUGACGUGGGGGUAGGAAGGGUGCUUAGACAGAGAUCAGCACCCCCAUCUCCCCCGUGAUCCCUCCUGGGUAGGUUCCAUCUCUUACUUCCUCACUUGGAUGAAGCCAAGAGUGCUUUUGUGUGUGUCUGUGUGUCAAGAGGGGAGAGAAAAGGUGGAGCAUUGUUUUUGCUCAGCAUUUGGGCUGCCCAAGAACCACAAAGAACCUUACAGGGAGGUGAGCAUCGUUUACCAGAUGGGGAAACUGAGGCACGGCACCAACCCAGCACUUCCCAGCACUGGUUAACAG